CGGGGAAAAAGGAAAAGGUUUUCAAAGCAGGAGAGAUAAGCGCUUUGCCGGCACAGACCAUCGCCCUGAGAGUCAGGUGAGCCGCAGCAUCCCUUCACCAGCAGUUGGGUGAUUCACUGAGCGGCGGUGACUGUUUAUGUGACACGAGCUGUGACACCAUUUCAAGUUUGGCAGUUUCGUUAUUCGUCUCGCAGUAGAACAAGCCCCGUCACGUCAGGAGAAAUGCUCUCAGCGUGUGCAGGUAUCAGCCUGGUGCUGGCUUCCUGACAGACUCACCUGUCGGCACAGGAGAAGGACGGCUAGCGCACAGACUCAGACCCAGACGCGAUGGACCUCGGAUUCUGACCCGCCCCCCUUCCACCAAAUUUUGUUCUCGGAGGUGAUAUAGCACGCCAUUGGCUGAGCGUCCGAAGAUGCCCUUUAAGAACUCUCUUUAUCGGAAGACCAGCCUGGCGUACUGGCCCAGGAAGCAGUCGAAGAGGCGGGAGCUCGUGUCCGUCAACAUGAUCAGCCUGCCGCUGGGCGACUUCCGCCACCUGGCCCACAUCGGGUCUCAGGCCUGCCACGACAGCUUCGGCGACCUGUCCUUCCUCAAGAGGGGCCACGGCCUGUUCCGCCACAGCUCCCAGAGCGAGCAGAACCUCUUCCUGGCCUGCUCGCCGCCGCCCAAGCCCCCCCGCCUCAACCUGGACGAGACGGAGCCCCAGACCGCCGCCGCCGCCUCCUCCCUGGAGGGAGAGCGCCAGCCCAGCCAGAGGACAAAGAAGUGCAGCUCCAUGCCCCUGCUGGACUGUGAGGAGGAGGAGGAGGUGGAGCAGGAGGAGGGGCGGGCCCUGGAGGCGGCGAGCAACAGCGCAGAGCGGCACAGCUACUGCUCCGCCCGGGACGCGGGAUCUCUGCAGGCCUUUCUGGAACAGCCCCGGGCCCAGGACGACGACUCCUCCUUCACCCUCGACCUGGACUUAGGCCCUUCCAUGCUGGACGAUGUCCUGCAGGUGAUGGAUAAGCUCCACCAGUGAAACGGCCAGUAUUCCCAUCCAGCUAGCGCUCCCGCAAUCCAGCAGGGUCACAUUCGAAUGAUGUGACGGAAAAGACAGAGGAACAACCGCUCGCCACAACUAUGUGUGAACUUUUUGGCUCUACAGAGUAUGAACUACGACACAUUUUUGGAUGUCUGUUCUUUGGAUAUAGUGCAAGAGCAACCAGAGGAGUUAAAUUGAAUAAGCAUUCUUUCACUGCUUUGUGGCCAAACAGAGAAUGCUCCAUAGACAAUGAGAUAACAGCCACAGAGCAGUCAACUGUGGUCUACAUUCUAAGAAAAACAGAGUGAGUGUGAUUUUUGUGUCAUUCCCCUGUCAAUCUAUUUAUACCACUGGGCAGAUAGUAUCUGAACUGACUUACUGUUAUCUCUGUAAUGUUCCCACUGUUUCUGGAGGGCAUUUUGAACAAUGGGACAUGAGACACAUCAUUUGAGGAUGGUCUUAAUGUAUUCAUGUGUGCAUACCAAUAUUUUUGUGCUUCAUAAGGUAUAAUAUA